GAAGAUAACUCUCUCCUUAUGGGAGCAGUCACUCCAUAAGAAGCAGUUAUGCUUAAACUGCUUUGCAAAGGGACAUCAGCUUCGUGAGUGCAAAAGCACGCACAAUUGUUUUACUUGCCGUGGCCGGCAUCACACGUUGUUGCACCGAAACAACCCCUUUUCCAGCAAUUCAAGCCCUUCAAAUCCUGCGAGGCCAAUUUCCGCUAAUCAGGCCAAUUUCGUUCCAAAUGGGCAAGCCGGUGUUCAAAAUUAUUACGCCAAGGGCUCAAGAGCUAUCCUUCUUGGCACUGCCGUAAUCUAUAUUUCCCAUCUUGGCACUAACUUUAAGGCACGCGCCCUGAUCGACUGCGGAUCAGAGGCAAAAUUCAUAACCGAUCAACUGUUCAAUCUAAUUAGAUUGCCAUUCCAGGUAGUUCUAGCCCAAGUCUCAGGCUUAAACCAAACAGUAGCCGCUCAGUCCAAGAAGCUCUGCAGUUUCACCAUUCGAUCUCCGACUAGGCCCGCGUUGCAGUUGGAGACGACGGCCUAUAUCCUACCUCAACUAGCCGGAAAUCUGCCUUUGUACCCAAUUCCGUAAAAUUUUUUUCGGGAUCUUCCCGAUUUUCCACUGGCGGAUCCAAAAUUCUACAAGAGCGCACAAAUAGAUGUCCUUAUCGGAGCCGACAUUCUGCCUUCGGUGCUUCUGAGUGGAGCAAAAACCAACAUCUGUGGCUCUCUCUUGGGGCAAGAGACCAUUUUCGGCUGGGUACUAACUGGGCCAGUGUCAGCCUCAGCCCAAAGCAGAAUAUCCUCCUUUUCGACGCAGAUCUCCCACGCGUACGAUAAUUCACUGGACAAACUACUCACAAAAUUUUGGGAGGUGGAGAAUAUACCAACAAAGUUGGUAAAAGAAUCCGAUUCCAUGUGCGAGAAGACUUUCCUUCAAACGACCACGAGAAACGAGUGCGGCAAAUACUCUCUGCCUUUUCGCGACCCAGAACAUAUCGGUUCAGGGCUAGGGCAUUCUAGGUCUUUCGCGUUGGCUCAGUUUUUAAGAAAUGAGCAGCGUCUAAAAAGAGAUGAGGCCUUAAAAGCGAGAUACGAUUCGGUGAUCCAAGAAUAUCUCGACUUAAAGCACAUGCGACAAGUUCUUCCUACCCAUGAUUGCAACGCCUAUUAUAUGCCACAUCACGCCGUCUUAAAACCGGAAAGCGUAACUACUAAACUCCGUGUAGUAUUCAAUGCCUCCACCCCUUCAUCGAAUGGUACCAGUUUAAAUGAUAUCCUUCAUGCUGGCCCUGUCUUACAGUCCGACUUGACCAUUUAAAUUCUAGAGUGGCGCUAUUUCCGAUACGUGUUUAGCGCCGAUAUCAAAAAAAUGUAUCGGCAGAUCUGGGUAGAUCCGAAACACACUCCAUUCCUGCGAAUACUUUUCCGUAACAAUAGAGGGGAAAUCAGAGAUUUCGAAUUGAAAACAGUUACCUUUGGAGUCAAUUGCGCGCCUUUCCUGGCCAUCCGAGUACUGCAGCAGCUAGCAGCUGACGUAGAACUCAGCCAUCCAAAAGCUAGCAAUAUCAUUCGAAAUUUCAUGUAUGUGGAUGAUGUUCUAGCCGGAGCGGACUCCACGAAAGAAGCUCAGCUCAUGGUGCAAGAGCUCCGAGACGCUCUGAAUUCCGCCGGAUUUCCAUUGAGGAAAUGGACCUUCCAAAAGGAAGUUUUAGCGGCCAUUCAGAGCAACCAUCUAUUAAAUACUAAAUUUUCUCGAGAUCGAUGCAGAAAGCUCUGCCAAAACCCUCGGUAUUCGCUGGAAGGCAACCUCCGACGAAUUCUUCUUCGUCCCGCCAGAGUUGUCUAUUGAAACGUCCUUUACAAAACGCCAAGUCCUGUCCCACA